GAGACACCUCGCUGCCGCUCCCCCUCGCUUCGCUAAGGAAAAGAAAGUGCGCAGCGGCGAAACGCCCGAGCCGAUUGGCUCAGCGCGAGGCGAAAAGUGCAUUCAAACGAACCUCUGGUUGGUUCUUUCGGCGAUCAAUCACGAUUAUGGACAUUUUGACACCUCCUCUCCCGGAAGUCGUUUGAUUUACGAAAUUAGUGGCCUUUAUGUAGUUUUCGUAUUCUGGUCUCGAGUGUGACCGACCGGUGAAGGGAGAGACAAAGUAUGGCUCCUCAGGCUGUGGUCCAGGUGACCCAAGCCUGGCUGCAGUCCUCCUGGCAUGUCCGUGUUCCUUUCACUUGGCUGGAGGCCUGCGUCGAGUGGCUCCAGGAAGAGGCAGGAGGUGUGGGCAGGCUGUCGCAGCAGCAAAUUAACCAACAGGCGUUUGACCAGUGGCUCUUGACUGACCUGAAGGACUUAGACUACCCAGUUCUCCCUGAGGGACUUGCUCAAGCCCACAAGACUCAGCUCAGCGGUACCUUCUGUGUACAGGUUGACUCGUUACAGGACAUCAGUCAGCCUGCAUAUGCACAGCUGCAGCAAUGGAGGGGCACGGACUGCGCCAAUGACAACAUUUCAGCUGUCACACAGAACACUCAGAGGCCCUGGGAGGCCAAACCCACACGUAUGCUCCUGCUGCAGGUGACAGAUGGCGUGCAGAGCUUGGAGGCCAUGGAGUAUCAGCCGAUACCUGCACUGAGCACUGCUCUUAGGCCAGGUGUGAAGCUGCAGCUGCAAGGGCAGAUGAUCUGCAGGCUUGGGAUGCUACUGUUGGGAACGGGCAACGUGAAGGUCCUGGGCGGGGAAGUGGAAGACCUGGCCGAAAGCAACAACCAGGGAAGGGUUCUAUGUCGGGUCCUGGGACUACCUGAAGAGCAACAGCAGCAGGAACAGGAAGACGGUGGAGAAGUUUCACCAUCACACCAAGAUGCCACAAACCAGGGAGGGCAGGACUUAGAGCUAGAUGACCAGGAGCUGCUGGCAGGUCUGGAGGCCCAGGAGGCAGAGCAGUGGCACGAAGAAGAAGAGGAGGCGGUGCUCGUGGAGAGGCUUCCGGUCAAUCCGGUUCAAGACAGCGGCUACAGGACGCUCAGCCAGUUUUCAGCUCUGUCCUGUAGAAGCUCCACCAUCAGGAGCCUGAGUGCCUCAUCCAACAGAAGUGAAGCUUCUAUGCACUCCAAUGUGAGCAGAGGCAGUUCAUUUCCAAGCGGUCGCCGUGGUAACGAGCAAGAGGAGUCCGACCUCAUUGAGCCCUUGCAUUACCGGCAAGGCCCGGUGGAGCACGAUGUCAACGUGGACGACUUUCCCGACGAGGAUUUUGUCGAUCUCAUGCUGGACGAUUUGGAUGCCGCAGUCCUUCAGGAAGGCACGGCUUCUCCACGUGAGCCUCUCCUAGAACAGGACGGUGGUGACGUCGUGGAGGAAAUGGACUUUUUACCACACGCUGCAGAGUGCAGCCAGUUACCUGUGAAUAAAAUAGUUAGGAAAGAGAGUGUACUUCAUGGUGGGAGUCACCCAUCAAGCACUGCAGGAGCAACAACGGACACACUGGGUGACAUCGCCCUAACUACACCCCCGUUUACUUACCUUUGUCUGCUCGACGAAAUAUCCGUACCCACCUGCAUAACAAUCAAAGCCUUCAUUGUCACCCUCCUGGGCAAACUAAGUACCAGUGACGGCCUCUGGCGAAUCCGCGCCACAGUGUCGGACGGGAGCGGCUACCUGGACGUCGAGCUGUCCGACCGGGUCCUGACAGGCCUGCUGGGCUUCACGGUGGCCGAGAAGGGUACGAUGAGGCGCGACCCGGCCCGAAAGUCCCAGCUGGAUACCGGCAUGAGGCGUUGUCAGGAGGAGCUGGUGGAUAUGUGCUGCCUCAUGACUGUGGAGGUGGGCAGCGGGGGCAGGGGAGCUGUGGUGACCCAGGCCGAGCCUGUCACCGAGGGAGUCUGCCGUGAGCUGGAGCAGAGGGUGCGAGACAGGAAAUGAGAAUGGCAGCAGGGUGGUAUAGAGAACAGGGACAUUUACAACGAGCAGAGUUCUUUUAAUGAGACUUAGGUGCAGAGUUUUUUCCCUAUUUGGGAAAUGAUUGCGAUCAAGCCGCCCUUCUGCUUCCAAUCUGGAGAGGAGACAAUGUGUGAACCCAUGUUGCAAUGCAUCCCAUCUGCUGCCCACCACUAUAGCAUGCUGUCAUUAGAGGGGCAUUUCAUUCAUUUGUUCACGGAGCGAUUUCUCCCAUGCAAUGUCUCUCAUUAUGCCAUAUGCAUUAAAAUUUCCAGUAAAUGCUGAAUGAUAAGGCGUAUUUUUGAUCUGUAAUAAGAAGAGUGCUGCAGUGGACUCGAGUUUAUAUUUAAAUUGCGGUAAUGAAUUGCCAGCUUUGCAUUCAUUCAUUUGCAUCCAUUACGUCUCGCUGGUGAAAUAAUUGAAUAUCCAAGGGCAGCACGGGUUCUCAAUAAAGUCACCGCGGGGAGCAAAUAAGGAAAGAAAAAUGAGGAAAAAGUCAUGAUUUUUUUUUUAAUUAUUUCUCGUCAUAACAGAGCUCCUCUGUGUUUUUAUCCUAAUUAGUUUUUAUGUGCAUCACAAACUGUUGUUGACGCUUUGUUAAUAUUCACUGUAUACAAUUGUUUGAAAGGUGGUUGCUGUUAAAUUUGACUUUUUAUCUAAUAAACUUCCAGUGAGACCUCAAGAUAAGAGAAACA